CUCUCUCGUGCAGGCUGACUCUCUCUGCUCUGCUCGCGCAGGCUGCUCGUCGCUUCCGGAGAACAAACUACUAACUUUUGUUACAACUGUUUUCUCUCUAAAGCGUUUAAAGUCGAAGCUAGCAGACAAAUGGCUCAACCGUUUCCAAACACUUCAGGAUGUGAUGCAGUUUUAAACUCGGAAAGAGGAUUUGCCUAAAAAUUGUUGCCACAAACUCGCGGAACAAGUUGGAGUCGAGAUAAAGAGAUCCGGGAUCAGCUAUCGAGGUCCAAGUCAAGAUGUCUGUGAGUAACCACGAAAACAGAAAGUCUCGCUCUAGUUCCGGCUCUAUGAAUAUCCAACUCUUCCACAAAACGUCCCACGCCGACAGCCUGUUGACUCAGCUCAACCUGUUACGCAAACGAAAAGUCUUCACAGAUGUCGUCCUGAAGGCCGGAAACAAAUCGUUUCCCUGCCACCGGGCCGUCCUGGCCUCCUGUAGCCGGUACUUUGAGGCCAUGUUCAGCGGCGGGCUCAGGGAGAGCCGCGACACCGAAGUCAACUUCCACGACUCUCUCCACCCGGAGGUGCUGGAGCUCUUGCUCGACUACGCGUACUCCGCCCGCAUCCUCAUCAACGAGGAAAACGCGGAGUCGCUCCUGGAAGCCGGCGACAUGCUUCAGUUUCACGACAUCAGAGACGCAGCCUCGGAGUUUCUAGAAAAGAACCUCCACCAGUCAAACUGUCUGGGGAUGAUGCUGCUGUCAGACGCCCAUCAGUGCCAGAGACUGUACGAGAUGUCGUGGAGGAUGUGCCUUGCAGACUUUGCUACUCUCUUCAAGACUGAGGAUUUCCUUAACCUGCCCAGAGACAAAGUCCAGGAGCUGAUCCUCAGCGAAGAGCUGGAGGUGGAGGACGAGUGCCUGGUGUACGAGGCUGUCAUCGACUGGGUCAAGGCCGACAUGGAGCACAGGCACAGCGAGCUGCCCGAGCUGCUGCGCUGUGUCCGCCUGGCGCUGCUCCCUGAAACGUACCUGCUGAAGAACGUCGCUUCAGAGGAGCUGGUGAUGUGCAAUAAGGUUGGUCGGGAGAUUGUGGAAGACGCCGUGCGGUGUAAAAUGAGGAUCCUCCAGAAUGACGGUAUUGUAACGGGGUUCUGUGCCCGGCCGAGGAAGGUUAGCCAGGCCCUGCUGCUGCUGGGAGGACAGACUUUCAUGUGUGAUAAAGUCUACAUGAUCGACAACAAGACUAAAGAGAUCACCCCUAAAACAGACAUCCCCAGCCCCAGGAAAGAAUGCAGCGCCUGUGCUAUUGGUUGCAAGGUUUAUGUUACCGGAGGACGUGGCUCUGAAAACGGGGCCUCCAAAGAUGUGUGGGUCUAUGACACAUUACACGACGAGUGGUCCAAAGCUUCACCCAUGCUGGUCGCCAGAUUCGGACAUGGGUCUGCGGAGCUCGAUCACAUGCUGUAUGUCGUGGGAGGACACACUUCUCUCGCGGGAUCCUUCCCUGCAUCUCCGUCUGUGUCUCUCAAACAGGUGGAACAGUACGACCCUCAGACCAAUAAAUGGACCCUGGUGGCUCCGCUCAGAGAAGGGGUGAGCAACGCCGCUGUCGUCGGCGCCAAAAACAAACUCUUUGCCUUCGGGGGCACCAGUGUAAACAGAGACAAAUUCCCCAAGGUGCAGUGCUUUGACCCCUGCCAGAACCGGUGGUCCGUGCCAGCCGCCUGUCCGCAGCUGUGGCGCUACACCGCAGCGGCCGUGGUCGGCAAUCACGUCGUGGUGAUCGGAGGCGACACUGAAUUCUCAGCCAGCUCUGCUUACCGGUUCAACAGCGAGACGUACCAGUGGUCAAAGUUUGGUGACGUGACGGCCAAACGGAUCAGCUGCCAUGCAGUGGCGUCAGGGAACAGACUAUACGUGGUCGGGGGUUACUUCGGGGCUCAGAGGUGUAAAACACUAGACUGUUACGAUCCAUCGUCGGACUCUUGGGACAGCGUGACCAGCGUGCCCUACUCACUCAUUCCCACUGCCUUCGUCAGCACAUGGAAGUACCUCUCAGCAUAGACAGAGACGCACCAACUCUUUGAGAUCAGCCGUGGUGUCUGGUAUGCAGGCAUGUGUCUCCCUUCACUGGCUCCAUGGAGGAGGAGGAGGAGGAAGAAGAGGAAGAGUUUGUGUAUUCCUGCUGUGGCUCCAUCCAGCCUGAUUCACAUUAUCUUCAGCUGCAGAGAAGCGAAGGCCGGAGUCCUAGAGACAGCCCAGAGACGGGGAGUCUGCGGCCUCUUUCCCACCUGAUCUGUUUACUCGUACUUCUUGUGUAACUUUCCCAUGUAGCCACUAGCCUGAGCUGGACUCGUUGCCAUGUAUACUGCAGGGACCUCACAAUCUCUAUAUAACAUGCGAAGCACAGCCAGGAAGCAGACCGAGGUGUGCUCUGAGCAUCUGCAUCGGAAGCUUUUCGCUUUCCACCUCCUGGGGCGAAUCUGUUACUGCGACUGUAUCGGCCCUGCACUGCUCAGCUGACUCACUCCAUGAUCAAACAUGUGUAUCAUCUCGAUUACCAGUUUAACAGACUCUGAAAGGACCUAUUAGUGUAUCUCACUGACAUGUCAUUUAACUAAAAAAAAAGAAAGUCAGCUGGUCCUUUGUUGUGGUUUCUCUCCCCUCUUAACACUGGGCGUUUACUCAGGUGUAAUUUAUUUGGACUGCUGAUGUACUGAAUUAGACCUUUGCUGUGCCAGGCCUAUGGGGAAGGAGAGAAGACAUUUGGGGAAGUGUAUGAUUUUGUGCACAGAAACAAUCUUCCUGUCUGUAUUUUUAGACUUUGGACUUGGGCUUCCCUCAAUUUUGGUAAGCUAAAUUUGUAUCUUCCUCCUUGACUUAAAAUACACACUCGCAAGAGGGAAUGUGGCCCAUUAUGGCCGAAGAAGAUGCUUUUCUGUUUCAUGUCGUUUCAAACUAUGAUUUUGUCUUUUUUUUUGUGUAUUUUGUGUCUCAGGGUUUUAUAUAGUUUUGCCUGUAUUUGUUCAAGGAAGGGUAACGUCUUCUAACGUUUUCUGUCUUCUCUUUGUGAAUGUACUAUUUUAUGCUAAACAGUUUUACAGAAGUCUCUCAUUUUAGAAUACAUUCUUACAUUGUUAUGCCAAGUGUAAAUGUAUGAUUAUGCUUAACAGCAGUGGUCAUAUUUAAACCAUAUAUAUUGCCAAAACCUGAAUAGCUAACCUUCGUGCCAUUCUGGAUUUAAAUAACAAAAGCUAAGUGUGUCCAAAGUAGUUAGGAAAUACUUUGUAGCUACGAUAGAUUUUUUUUUCAUUUCAUAUUUCAGGAUCUUUAAUGGAAGUCUUUCGUGUGUAUAGUUUGUAUAUUUGCUAUGUAAUUAAUUUGUAGAAGCCUUUGAUUUGCACAUUUUGUACAAAGAAAUCUCUUAUGGUCUUAAUUUUGUAUCUUUGUCUUAACCCAGCUUGGGUAGUGUGAAUAAUCAAAUUGUUUUUGUAGCAAACUAUCAAGUUGUUUUCUCUUUGAACAAUCCUCAUUUGCUGUGUGCAAGUCUGCAGUUUUACAAUAUAUCAAAGUAUAUAUCAAAUACAGUGAUAUAUUAAGCUAUUACUGUUACACCAACUGUUACUUCAUGUUCUACAGCUCACAACUCCUCAAUAAAUACCUUCUUGAAAACAUA